AUGGAAAACCAAACGGAGCCUCUUGAUUUAUCAACUAAAUCAAAGCAGCAAAACUCUGCAAUAUAUUUAACGGACUACAAGUUCCUGACGGGACUGAACAGUCAUUUAGUAAAAUUAUUUGAGAGCUCACACUCAGUUUGUGGUAGAGACAAACAGUUUGUGUCCCACAGGAGUGGUGUCAAGAACAUAUUGCCCUGUCACAUUUGCUUCAAGACAUUUGAUAGGCCUUCCUUAUUGAAAAGGCACAUGAGAACACACACAGGAGAAAAGCCACACAUCUGUAAUGUGUGCAGCAAAGGGUUUAGCACGUCCAGCUCGUUGAACACGCACCGCAGGAUACACACCGGUGAAAAGCCUCACAAGUGUCCGGAAUGUGGAAAAUGUUUUACAGCCAGUUCCAACCUUUACUAUCAUCGCAUGACGCACACCAAGAGCAAGCCGCACAAGUGCGCGUGGUGCCCGCGCUCCUACCCCACGCCGGGCGAGCUGCGCGCGCACGCCGCCGCGCACGCGCGCCACGCGACACUACUCGCUAAUGGAUAUAAAUAA